ACUUACAUCACAGUCCCCACUUCCUUCCGUCUCCAAUCCAUUUAAAUCUGAGCGAGCUGCGGGUUGUUGGGACUUGAAACGUUUGAGCUGCUGCAUCCUGAAGCCCUGGAGUAGUAAGAUACACAAGACACACGGACAGAGAGAGAGGGAGGAUGUUGUUCCUGCGCUUGUGCCUGAGCCUUCUGCUGUCCCUGGGACUUUCGGAGGGGAAGACCCCGCAGCAAGAGUUGGAGGAGACAGUGCCCACUGUGUGUGUGCCCACCGUGUGUUACAGUGUGCAGCGGCAGCGCAGGAAGUUUAACAUGGCCAGGAACUUGUGCAAAAGCGGCGGCGGAGACGCCAUGACCGUCGGCUCCACCGUAGCCGCCGAGGCCAUCUCGGUCCUCCUCCGGAGCGGCGGCGACACCCCGCUCAGCCAAAAGUUCUGGAUCGGCUUGCAGCUCCAGCAGAAGUCGUGCCCCGUGAAUGACAGCCUCCUGCGGGGCUACCGCUGGGUGGACGGCCAGACGGGCAGCGAUUACAGCAAGUGGGGGGCGGCGUCCCCGGCGUGCGGACCCCGCUGCGUCACCGUGUCCGGCAGCGGGGCUUGGGCGGACCGGCCGUGCAACGAGAAGGCGGACGGGGUGCUGUGCGAGUACCGGUACCCGGGCAGCUGCCGGGGCAUCCGCCCGGGCAAUGGCACCGUCACCUACAGCACCCCCUUCGGCACCAACAGCAGCCAGCUCUCCGAGCUGCCCCCGGGCACCCUGGCGUGGGUGGAGCCCUGGGGGCUGCGCUUCCAGUGCUCAGGUGACACCUGGGCAUGGCAGCCCCUCGGCCACCCCACCCCCUGGCGCUGCCAGUUGGAGAACGGGGGCUGCCAGCACAAGUGCGAGGAGGCCCUGGCGGGCAGCCCGCAGUGCAGCUGCCAGCCCGGGUACCAGCUGAGCCGGGACGGGCACAGCUGCCAGCCCUUCGACCUGUGCCAGGAAGCGGGGUGCCAGCACCGCUGCAUCGUGCAGGAGGGCUCCCCUUACUGCUUGUGCCGGGACGGCUACCAGCUGGACGCCACGGGCAAGGGCUGCGUCGACGUGGACGAGUGCCAGCAGAAACCAUGCGAGCAAAGGUGUGUAAACAGCCCGGGUAACUUCAGCUGCGAGUGCCUGCCUGGUUACCAGCUCACCAGCGACAACAAGUGCAAUGACAUUAACGAGUGUAUCACAUCACCGUGUGCCCAGAAGUGUGCCAACACUGAUGGAAGUUUUCAAUGUUACUGUGGAAGGGGAUAUGAAACUGACCCUGCUGAUCCCACAAUGUGUGUGUUCUAUUGUCAGACUAACACAGAAUUCUGCGAUGCCAGGUGUACAGGGGAUGAGUGUUACUGCCCCGAGGGUUAUCUACUUGACGACCGUAUUAACAAAUGCCAAGACGUCAAUGAGUGUGAGUCCGGCUACUGCGACGGAGAAUGCACCAACACUUUCGGGAGCUACAAGUGCGAUUGUAAAGAGAGCUUUGAGCUUCAGGAGGAUGGUGUCCACUGCGAGAGUGAAGGUUCAGGCACGGUGGAAAGUCUCGUCACUCCACCCCCCAGUCAUCCAAGCAGGGCUGGCCUCUCUCUCGGGGUUGUCCUGGGCAGCAUUUUUGCCAUCGCCGUUUUGACCCUGGUGCUUGCCGGCCUGGGGCACCACCUGCUCGCCAAGCGGAGCAAAUGGAAGGCAUCAAGUGCCUACAAACUUGCCAACCAGGACGUCGAUCUCAGGCAGGUCACCUCUGCAGAGGAGCACAAAUGUCAACCCUCAGAGAAACUCAAUGUGGUGACCUGAGGACGCUUGUGGUGUCUGUGGGGUG